AGCUUUAAUUGCUAAUCACGUCUGGACAAACACUUUAUUUCUCAUUUUCGCGUAUUUAUUUAUAUUUUUAAGUGUCCGUUUGGACUGUGCAGGACCACAAUGCAUCUCAACACUGCGUGUUUCCUUUAUUUACUGCUCGGUGUGUGUGGUGCACACAGUGACCGCUCUGAGCUGGUGUCAGUCUCUGUGGGGGAUUCGGUGACUCUCCGCACCGGUGUGAGCGUGCGCAUUAAUGAUCGUGUGCUCUGGAGAUUUGGGCCUGACAGUGCAGAUCCUCCCAUCGCUGAGAUCCUCCGCCGGUCCUACAUGCUGUCUAUGCACGCCGGAGCACAGGAGCGCUUUCAGGACCGACUGCAGCUGGACCAGCACAGCGGAUCUCUGACCAUACACAACUGCACAUCCCAACACUCGGGACUCUACAAGCUGACCGUCAGCAGCAGCAGGAGCACCUUCAACAAGAGCUUCAGUCUCAGAGUCUACGCUCCUCUCUCCGUCCCCGUCAUCAGGAGUGUGUCGCUGUCCAGCAGAUCUGCAGGUCAGAAGUGUGUGUUGGUGUGUUCGCUGAGGAACUCCUCGUGGGCGACGCUGUCCUUCUACAGCAGCAGCGGAGUGUUACUGUCCAGCGUCUCACACACACACGCCAGCAACAACUCGGACCACAGCAGCCUCUCAUUACCACUGCAGAUCCAGCCGCAGGAGGAGAAAACAUACAGCUGUGUGGCCAACAACAGCAUCAGCACACACACCACACACUUCAACAGCACUGACCACUGCCACACACACACAGAGCCAUCUCUGCUGUACUGGCUGCUGCUGCUGCUGCUGAUUCCUGCUGCUGUCGCUGUGAUGCUGCUGAUAGUGUGUGUGUGCAGAAAACACAGACAAGCAGAGACGCAGACAGCUGGUGAAAGUGUGUAGCGGUGCAGAAACUGAGGAUCAUGUACAGAAGAUAUCCCGCACUGAUGAAGAGACUCUUAUCAUGAAAGACCGAUGAUGAACUGUGAUUUUACUGUUAUUUAAUGUUCAGUCUGUUCACGUGUUCUAUGUCCAUCAUUCAGACAUGAUAACCGAGAGAGAUGCAGAUUAUGCUCUUAAUCCUGCUUUAAAUGGGAUUAUCUUCAUCACUGAUUAUUGAAGAGUAAAACAGUGUGAUUCAUACAAUUGUUGAAAAGAGAAACUUGUUUUUUUAUUAUUUAAACCUAUCGGUCCUUCCUUUUGUAAAUGUGUUUUAUUAUGAUUAUGA